AUGCCAACCAACCGCCCCUUCUUCUCCCACUUCUUCGCCGCCUUCCGCGCUCAAUCCGCCUACCAAACCGCCAAACCCACCACCGGCACCAAUACCUCGACGUCUACAUCCGCCACUGCACAAUCGACAUACGCAACGCACACCGCCAGCACCACGAACUCCCACUCCGAACCCACCCCCCCAACCAACCCCCACCACCGCAAAUCCCCCACCAACCUCCCCACCUCCCCCUCGUCCCCCCACGGCGCCACCACCGUCGCCGUCCAAGCCGCCGCCUCGGGCCCCGCCUUCCCACCGUCGCGCCACUCCCCAUCCGCGCGAUCACCGCCGCCGCCGUUCUCCUACCCGCUCAACAGCAGUCGGCAGCGGCGGGGGAGCGAUUCGAGCUCGGAGGGGUUCAAGGAGGUGGCCGGGGCGGAGAAAUGGUAUGUCGGUGGACGGACGGCGGGGGGGGAUGAGCGGUUUUAUAAGCUGAGCAUGGUGAAGAGGCCGAGGAGUUUGGAUCGGAUGAGCUUGGAUCGGAUGAGUUUGUAG